AUGGCAAUAAACACAGAUAGAGAGUUUGAAAAAUCCGCCCUGGGAGAGAGCGGUGUCGUGCAACCCACUGAGUCCCAGGAGACUGAGAAACUUCUCAGUGUAACGACCACCGAGCCAACUGGCGGAAAUGGGAUCAAGAUGUCCAGCUCUUUCACCGUUAAUGUAGAGGGUGAUAAAGCCCUGGAUGCGGACCAAAACGGUCACAGUGUGCCUCUUAGGUCAGGGUCGGCGGGGCACCUCGGAAGCGCCCCGCUCUCACCGUCCCGCGUCAGUUUAAGUCGUUCAUCCACUGGGAAUACUGUCCAAGAGCAGGAAAAACCAAAAGACUACCUCUUAUUGGUCAUUUUCUCGUGCUUUUGCCCCGUCUGGCCACUCAGCAUCAUUGCGCUGGUUUAUUCUGUCAUGUCCAGAAACAGUCUACAGCAGGGCGACGUUGAUGGGGCCAGGCGCCUGGGACGACUGGCCCGUCUCCUCAGCAUUGUCUCCGUCGUUCUGGGUCUGCUAAUGAUCAUUGUCUAUGCAGUGGUGACAGCAAUGGGAAACUGA